AUGAAGCAGUGUAGGGAUGCUUCUCAUGUGGGGAAAGGUCCAACUACAAGGAUUAAGACAUAUGUUCCAAGGCAUAUAUGUGGAAGGAGGCAAAGAACCAAGUAUGUCACUUCAUCAUGGCUAUCUAAGAGGUUUGAUGAGAAGUUAAAAGAUAAUCCGAAUAUAAAAGUGACAGAUUUCAUGAAGUUAAUAAGGAAACAUUAUGCCAUAAAUGUAAUUGAGGCUCAAGUUUAUAAAGCCAAGAGUUUUGCAAAAAUCAAAAUUCAAGGUAGUAAGCAAAAGCAAUAUGCACUUAAAAAAGGAUUUGUGGAAGGAUGUAGACCAGUGAUGGGUUUUGAUGGGUGCCAUGUUAAGGGUUCUCAUCCAGGACAGAUUCUAAGUGCAGUUGGGGUUGAGGGAAAUAAUGGGAUGUAUCCUAUUGCUUUUGCAGUUGUUGAAGUUGAAAACAUAGAGACUUGGGGUUGGUUCUUUGACAUAUUCUUUCAAGAUGUAGCUUUGAAGCAGAGGUUGUGGGCAGCAGCUAGGGCAACAACAAUACCUGUAUUUGAAUCUAAAAUGGAGCAGAUGUUGGGUCAAUUUGGGGCAGCUUAUAAGUGGCUUGAGGAGAGACCAGCUGCUCAUUGGAGUAGAUCACACUUUAGUACAGUUCUAAAGUGUGAUAUACUUCUAAACAACUUGUGUGAGUGUUUUAAUGCUGCAAUUCUAGAAGCAAGGGAUAAGCCCAUUGUUACUCAUUUGGAGAAAAUUAGAACCUACUUGAUGCUUAGAAUGGCUAGACUUAGAGUGGCUAGACUUAGAGAGACAGUGUGGCCCUAUGAGGUUGGUCCAAGAAUAUUUGCUAUUGUUGAGAAGAAUUCAAUUGAAAGUGGCCACUGCAUAGCUUCGUAUGCAUGUGGGGUGCAGUAUCAAGUUAAUAGCAUGUUGGGAGCUAUGGAUUUAGAAAGGCAUACAUCAUGUGAUUUGUUGUUCUUGACAAUGAAGGGGCAACCUAGAGGUGCUAGAGCAAGAGGCAGUAGAAGGGGAAGAGGAGCUGUGAGGGGAAGAGGUGCAAGGGGAAGAGGAGCUGCAACGGGUAAUGGAGGUGUUGAUACUGCAAGUGUCAAUGCAAGUAGAACAACAAUUGCAAGUGGAACAACAACUGUCAGAUGUGUUAUGAGAGGCAGAGAUGUUGUGAGUGAACAACAACAAACUCAGGCUAGACCAAAGUUUAAU